UAUUUUAGGGAUUUCGCUUACCCGGAUUGCUCCCAUCCAUGUCGUUUCCUCUCCUUUAUAUACUUUUCUUCAAAUUUGUUUGAUUUUCACCACCUUUAACCGCACUUCUCUUUUCCAUUUUAAUUUAUUUUUUGGAACUUAUUCUUUUCAAUAUUCAAAAUCAUUGAUUUGUUUAUUCGUUCCUUUGUUCUGUUUAUUUGUUUCAUUUUUUUCUUAAAAAAAUUUCUUCUAGCGCUAGUUCAUUGGUAUCUUUUUGUUUCAAAGAAGCAAAAGAUCUCGUAGCUGAAACGAAUUUAUCGUCAGUUUAUAGUCUCAGAAACGGAAUAAAAGGCUGAAGCAGUGAAUUGCGUAUGCCAUGAGUUACCGAAGGGAGCACCGUGCCUCCAGAGCUUCACUCUUCGAUAGCUUGGAUGGCAUUGAGGAGGGUGGGCUUCGGGCUUCUUCCUCUUACUACCCACUUGAUGAUCAUGGAAAUGACAAAGCUAUGGACAGCUUGCAAGACAGAGUCAUCUUUCUAAAAAGAUUAACAGGAGAUAUACAUGAGGAGGUGGAAAGUCAUAAUAGAAUGCUGGACCGGGUGGGCAAUGGCAUGGAUGCAUCUAGGGGAAUCAUGUCAGGAACUAUGGAUCGGUUCAAGAUGGUAUUUGAGAAGAAAUCAAGUAGGAGAACGUGUAUACUUGUGGCAUCUUUUGUGAUUUCUUUCUUUAUCAUUAUUUAUUUAUUUAGGGUCUUCAGAUACUUCAUGUUUGGUUAAAUAAAAUUGUGAAGCGUGAAGCUCCUCACCUGCAGAAAUCUUAGUAACUGAGAAGCUGGGUGAUAUAUAGAAUUAUACUGCUAUGCUUAUGUGUUCAACAGAUGACUUAUCUUUUGCUUUUAUGGGAAAGGUGCCAGGGAAGGGUCAUGGUUUCAGAGAAGAUAUGUUGGAGAUCAUUGCUGAAAGUUAGGAUUUUUAUGCUUAACUGGAUUGUUGAUGAUUGCUGGUCCGCAGCAUCUAUUUGAUUGUGUAUCUUAAGGAAAUUCCUGCAACAUUCUGCUAGGGGAUGUUCCAUAUUAAAACUUUUUUCCAAUACAAGACAUUCUUGUGCAGAUUUGGCGGUGUCUUUCUAUUAUUAUGUGGGAAAAGAGGAGUUUGAGCGUCUCUCUUUGGUAAGGGGACUAAUAAGAAAUGGAGUUUCUGUAUUGCUAUGGGUUCUUAAACUUACAAACAGGUUAUUUCUCCGACAAUAUUCUUGCCUUGGGCUUUCUAAUUGUUUCAUUCUUCUA